AUAAGAAGUAUAGUUUUUUGUUUAAAUAUCUUUAAAACGGUAAUUACCAAUGAGAUUAAAUAUGUUAGCUCAUCAAAUGAAGAGAUAUUUGAUCUGUGCAGCCUGCUGGGUUGGCUGGUGCUUUGUAAAAAGCCUCUUCUAAGUCAUGGCUCAGGAUAUCAAACUGGAGUCAGAAGUCAUGGAUGUCAGUGGUUCAUCUCAACUGCCAAAUGUGUUGGCUGUUUACAUCAAAGAAGAGCCAAAACUGGAGGGAGAAGAAAUCGAUGUGAAGAAAGAACAAAUUUACACAGAGGAAGAUGAGGCGACUCCACUUCCCUCAACUUGGUUGCUGUGCAAGGAGGAAGCCCACCUUGCUGAUGCUCGGUUCGAGGAAGAGUUCUCAACUGCAAGAUUCUACCAAAAGAACCAGACCCACACAUGUGUGGUGCCUCUGGACCCUAGCAUCAGCGAUGACGAUUCGCUGGAUGAUGACAUCUCUGACCCGAACUAUGUGCCUGUCCCUGACCAGCAUAAUGAGGAUUCUUCUGAUACCACGGAAGGACAACCCCCUACCAGUAAGCGCCGAUGCAGAAGGCCAGUCUUGGAAGAGGUACACGAGGAAGAAGAUGAUGAAGAGGACGUGGGUCAUGCAACACCACAGGAGGAAAGGAACACCACCAACAUAGGUCAGACAAAGAAGAAAUGGGGCAAUUUAAAUGAAAAUGACAGGCAGUCAAGGCCUACUACAUGGAGCAAAAUUGACAUCAGCAACCCACCACUGCCGGAAUAUCAACACACACCACCUCAGUACGUAAAAAAUUCAGACUAUUACUUUGAAAAAUUCUUCAGUCCACAGCUUAUUCAACACAUUGUAUAUCAAACAAACCUUUAUGCAAAGCAAAAGGAUGUUUCUACCACCUUCGUAACAACUGAUGAGGAGAUCCGCACCUUUAUUGCCAUACUUCUGUACAUGGGAGUUGUGCAGCUCCCCUCACUCGAUGAUUAUUGGGCAAUGAAGACCAGGGUACCUCAAGUCGCAGAACUAAUGCCUUCCAAACGCUUCAGACUUCUGCACCGACUAAUACAUUUCAAUGACAACAGUCAGAUCUCUGCCUCCGUUGACCGUUUCUACAAAAUAAGACCCAUCUUCAACUUCAUCUGUCAAGCCUUCCGGUGUGAACCACAAACACCUAAGCAGUCGAUUGAUGUGGUGAUGGUCGGUUUCAAAGGGAAGACAGCUGGAAAUCUGCGCCAGUACAUACAGAACAAGCCUGACAAGUGGGGAUUCAAGCUGUUCUCGCGAGCGUCGGCUGAUGGGUUUGUUCAUGAUAUGGUUCUCUACCAAGGCUUGACUACGCUACAAGGUCAUGGCGUCACCCUAACGCCAGAGCAAGAAGCCCUCAGUAACACAAGCAAGAUUGUCUCAGUCCUUGCACAAACAAUGACAUGUUCUCAGUCGGCAAUAUUCGCAGAUAACUUUUUCACAAGUCUGCAGAUUGCGCGCUACCUGAAAAACACCCAUGGGUGUAGGUACACGGGGACUGCAAGGGAAAAUAGAAUUGGAAACCCACCACUCAAGUCUACAAAGGACUUCGAAAAGAAGAGCAUUCCCCAAGGUCAUUUUGACUAUGCUUCUACAGAUGAUGGAAUCUUGGCUCUUCGUUGGAAGGACAACAAGGCGGUCACAAUGUUAUCAAAUGACCUAGGGGUUUACCCAGUUACAACUUGCUCUCGCUACUACAAAGAAACAAAGCACAAAGAACAAUUGCAAUGUCCAAAUGUCAUCAAGUCCUACAAUGCGAAUAUGGCGGGAAUUGACAAGAGUGACAUGCUGCUUCACCUCUACCGCACUCCACUGAGGUCGUACAGGUGGUACAUGAGACUUUUUGCCUAUAGCCUGGACCUUUGCAUUACUAUCGAAGCCAAGUUCCUAACAAAUCAGAUAGGUUUGAUACCACACUGA